GUUUUCUUGGGAGUAUUCUCUGUGUGUUCUUGGGAGUAUUCUCUGUGUUUUCUUGGGAGUAUUCUCUGUGUGUUCUUGGGAGUAUGGCAUGUGGAGGACGUGCGGUGAGGAGCAUCUAAGAGGACAUCAUCUGCAUGAUGGGCUGCAGCAAGGUGUUCUGGGUGCUGCUGGGGGCAAUUGUGGUCAUCACCUUAAUCACCGUGACCGCCGUUUAUUUGCGGAACUCGGAAGCUUCUAGAAGACCUUUCACCCUGCAGGAGUAUUUCAACAACAGCAUCAGGUGGAGAUCCUACAACCUCUACUGGAUAUCAGAUAAAGAAUAUUUACACAAAACCAGAGACGGAAGCAUUUUCCUGCAUGACGUGGAAAAGGGGGAGGAGUCACUUUACCUGAGCAACACAACUUUUAGCCAAGUGGAUGCCACGGACUAUCUGUUGUCGGGGGAUCAUGACUAUGUUGCUCUGGAGAGCAACUACACCAAGCAAUGGAGACACUCAUUUACAGCAUCCUACUCUAUCUAUGACAGAAGAAAUAUGACAUUCAUCACCAAUGGUAGUCUUCCCGCUAAGGUGCAGUACUUCACUUGGGCACCAGAGGGAAACAAAUACGCUUACGUGUGGGACUUCAACGUCUUUGUCAGAGCUGGUGUGACGGCCGAAGUGGUGCAGGUGACUCACAACGGGAAAAAGAACGAGAUCCUAAAUGGAGUGCCUGACUGGGUGUAUGAGGAGGAGGUGUUCGCAUCCAAUGGAGCACUAUGGUGGUCUUCGACUGGACGAUACUUGGCCUACGCCCAGUUUAACGACACGGAAGUCAACAAAGUGGAGUUUCCCUGGUACGGAGCGGAGCAGUAUUCUGAAACGGUGGCCAUCCCGUACCCAAAGGCUGGCUCCAAGCUGACCAGGGUCAAGCUGUUCGUGGUGGACACCAACAACGUAUCCCUGCAGGUUGCAGUCCCGCCUCCUGCCUCCAUCACGUCUGCUGACCACAUCAUGUGUUCGGUCACCUGGGUGACAGACCAGCGCCUGGCUGUGCAGUGGCAGACCAGGAAGCAGAACCACGUGCGGGUGCAGAUCUAUGACCUGGAUGGAAACAUCUGGAGAGAAAAACAGAACUUUGAACAAACAAGCAAGACCGGCUGGAUCGGUCAUUACGUGCCUUUACCACUGUUCUUCACUGAAGAUGACAUCACUUUCUACAAAGUGAUGAGCGACAUCAGCGGCUACAAACAUAUUCAUCUCAUCAAAGAUGGCAAAGCAACAGCUGUCACAUCUGGCAGGUGGGAAGUCAUCUACAUUUCCAAAGUGACAAAAGACGCCAUAUACUUUGUCAGUAACGAGUACCAAGGUGUGCCCGUCAAGAGGAAUAUGUACAAGCUGAAGAUUGGAGGCCAAGCGUGGGCGCGUCAGUGUCUCACCUGCGACUUCGCCCAGGACAGGUGUCAGUACAACUCGGCUUACUUCAGCGUCAACGCCUCCUACUACCGCUUGGACUGCUACGGACCAGGUUUGCCCACGUACACGCUCAUGGACAACCGAGGCCCGGGUGCAAAGAUGUCCACUCUUGAAGAUAACAAGGAACUGGAGAUUGUUCUUCAGGAAUUUCAGAUGCCGACAAUGAAGUAUGGCACGCUGAAGAUUGCAGGAUUUGAUCUUUGGUAUCAGAUGAUGUUACCGCCUGAUUUCAAAACAUCCAAACAGUAUCCUCUUCUCAUUGACGUGUACGGUGGCCCAGGUAGUCAGAGUGUGGACUACCGUUUCAAGUUGAACUGGGCCACCUUCCUGUCCAGCACGUACGGCAUCGUGGUGGCCAGCUUUGACGGCAGAGGAAGUGGUUACCAAGGCGACCAGAUACUACACGCCAUCUAUCGACGCCUGGGGACGUUUGAGGUGGAGGACCAGAUGGCGGCCGUCAGGAAGUUUAUUGACAUGGGUUUCAUCGACAAAGACAGGAUUGCAAUAUGGGGCUGGUCCUACGGUGGCUACGUCACCUCCAUGGCCCUGGGAGCGGGGAGUGGACUGUUCAAGUGUGGAAUAGCAGUUGCUCCAGUGGCCAAGUGGGAAUAUUACGACGCGGUGUACACUGAACGCUACAUGGGCACACCCAAAGACAAUUCCGAGUCAUACCAGAACUCCACGGUGACGUCCAGGGCCAAGAACUUCAAGGGUCUGGACUACCUGCUGGUCCACGGCACGGCAGACGACAACGUCCACUUCCAGCAGGCAGCGCAGAUCUCCAAAGCUCUGGUGGACGAGCAGGUGGACUUCGAGGCCAUGUGGUACACAGACAAGGAUCAUAAUCUCAGAGGCUCCGCCUUCCACCACACCUACACCUUGAUGAGUCACUUCCUCAACAAAUGUCUCGUUUCUUCCAAAUAACAACAAAUGACUUAUUUUUUUGUACUUUUGAUGACUGUAUAUAUUAUGUUUACUUAUGGAUUCUCUUUUUUACUUUCAUGGUAAAACCACUCUGGUGUUCAGUUCAUGAACUGUUUUGAAAUAAACGCCAU